AUGAGCGUGUCUCUCAAUGCCGCCCGCCGGGCCACGGCCUCCAACAACCCGUUCCUGGGACGAGGCCGCAACAUGCCCCGGACCGCCAUGCGCGCCGCCUCCAUGCACCUAAUGCACAAUUCGCGGAACCUCGGCGCCCGCAACAACGUCGCUUUCGCGCUCUGCGUGCCCAUGCGCGCCUUGUCCACCGACACGCACACAUCCGCCGGCGGCCCGCCGUCCGGUCCGCCACCCGGCUUUGACCCAGAAAAGGCUAAGAUUCCUCUUUCCAAGGAGAGCCAGAAGGCUGCCGCCGCCAAGGCUUCGAACGCUACGCAGACCCAGUCGUCCCCCGGCAGCAGCGCAUCGCCAAGCACUGCCCAGACGUCGUCGUCCAAGGGCGCCACAUCCACAACGGCUGCCGCUCCGUCGUCAUCCGAUGCCUCUGCGCCAACAGCUGUCACUGCCACGUCUGCGGACGCUGACGCGACCGGUGUCGACGUCGAGGGGAAAGAGGGCAAGAAGGAGGAGAAGAAGCUGACGCUCGGCCAAAAGAUCAAGAAGGAGGCGCAGCACUACUGGGACGGCACCAAGCUGCUGGCCACCGAGGUCAAGAUCAGCACGCGCCUGGCCGUCAAGAUGGCGGCCGGCUACGAGCUCACCCGCCGCGAGAACCGCCAGCUGCAGCGCACCGUGCAGGACCUGGGCCGGCUCGUGCCCUUCUCCGUGUUUGUCAUUGUGCCCUUUGCCGAGCUGCUGCUGCCCAUCGCCCUGCGCCUGUUCCCCAACCUGCUGCCCAGCACGUACGAGGGCAAGACGUCGCGCGACAAGAAGGCCUCGUUCCUGCGUGCCACGCGCAAGGAGGUCAGCGACUUUCUGCGCCUGACCCUCAAGGAGACGGGCCUGCCGAUCCAGGCGGCGACCACGCAGCGCGCCGAGUUCACCAACUUCUUCCGCAAGGUGCGCGCCACCGGCGAGAAGCCCACGGCCGACGACGUGAUCAAGGUGUGCAAGAUCUUCAAGGACGACGUCACGCUCGACAACCUGUCGCGGCCGCAGCUGGUCUCCAUGUGCCGCUACCUCAACCUCAACACCUUUGGCACCGACAUGAUGCUGCGCUACCAGAUCCGCCACCGCAUGCGCCAGAUCAAGCGCGACGACCGCGCCAUCAGCUACGAGGGCGUGGACAGCCUGACCGUGGGCGAGCUGCAGACGGCCUGCGCCAGCCGCGGCAUCCAGUCGUACGGCGUGUCGCCCGCGCGUCUGCGCGAGGACCUGCAGACCUGGCUGGACCUGCGCCUCAAGGAGGGCGUGCCCUCGACGCUGCUCGUGCUGAGCAACGCCUACAUGUACGGCCAGACGUCGUCGGCCACGACCUCGUCGCCGGCCGGCAGCAGCAGCAGCGUCAGCGCCGUCGACACGCAGAUCGAGGCGCUGACGGGCGUGCUGUCGUCGAUCCCCGAGGAGCUCUUCCACGAGAUUGAGCUCGAGGUCCACAACGCCGAGGGCGCCGCCACCAACAAGCAGCGUCUCGAGGUGCUCAAGGAGCAGGAGGAGCUGAUUGAGGACGAGGCCGAGCAGAACCAGGAGAACCAGGAGACGGGCUUUGCGACGCCCCGAGACGUCGAAGACAUUGACGAGAAGGAGGAGCGCCAGCUGCACGCCGAGGCGGAUGCCAACAUUACCACCGCCCAGGCCACCGAGGCCAUUGACGCCGAGCAGGACCGGGCCAACGCCGGCCGCCAGGCGCAGGCGCCCGCGGCGGCCGACGCGGCCAAGGACGCAAAGAAGGCCGAGUAA